UCACACACCUCUCAUGAAUGCUUCACAACAUUUGUUCAGAAACUGAUCGGCUCAAACACAGAAGUUUUUAGCUGAUUUAAGAGUUUCAGAAAAGAGUUUUAUGUUGUUAAAAUGAUUACAGAUUGUGAGUGGUUUUCAUUUCCUGAACUUCUAACUGCAGCUAAAAAGUCGUGUCCUGAGAGGAAGUGUAUGAAACAGAAUUAUAAUCGUCUGGAGAACGUGUUUCCUCCAGAUUAGGGAACACGAGGGAGAUUAAGGUUAUAGAUAAUCACGCUGAAAGGGGAUUUGGUCGAAAGCAGCAUCGCUCGGAUAUCCAGCACACAGACAGAGUUUAGAGAAUGGGCGGAAGUGGAGAUGGAGACCAGCAUGGCCCACUGCUCUUUCCUCCGACCCUCACACACACUCUGUCAGACACACCAGAGCUCCAGCUGCUGAUUUAAAUUAAAACCCUGAGUGGCUGACCUGAGAUCAGGAGGUGUCCCUGCAGGAUGAGGAGCAGUUUAAUUAUGAUGAAUCCGACCUGCCUCUCCUCAGAAACUGUCUCUGGACACAUUUAGAGUCCUUUAAGACCCGAGUGCAACGGCUGAACGGCACUUUUCAUUCAUGUGUAAAUGAAGCGAUGUAGGAUCUGCUGCAUGUCACAGGACAUAAACCAGGAGAGCAACACAUACACCGUCUCUCAGCAAUCUCAGGGACUCGUUGAAAAGCUACAGCCAAAUAUAUUUCAAGAGUUGCAGCCGGGGUAGGCAGGAAUCUGGAAGAGCAUAUAGUCCUCAGCCACCUCACAGUCCCUCCGCCUCGCUCCCCACCGUCGUGGACUGCUUCCCUGGGAGGAAAUAGACCUCAGCGCCGGGUUGAACUAAAGAACGUUUACUGAUCUAUCAGGAUUCCGGUUGCUGCCCGCUCUCCUCCUGGCAAGGUGCUCUGUAGCAGCAGGAGUGAGGUGGAAGAUACAGUGUGAUUCGAGGCUCUAGCUAACGUUAGCUAGAGGCCACAGCCGUGAGCCUUUAGCUUAAAGAAAGCUUUUAUCUCCAUCUCUGAGACACUGCUUCAAGAAUCUGUAAUUUUAAUCAAGAAGAGUGUCUGUUUCAUUUGGCUGUCAUCGCCUGUCAGUGACAUCAUGUGUCAGAGUGGUGAUUGUCUGCCAGAAGCUUCAUAAAGCGACUUUUUAUCCAGUUUUACGCCACAUUUUUAGAAAACAUGCUUCAGGUCUUGGUCGUUUUUCAACUAGAUGUUUUAACUAGAUGAUGGAUUUCAGUCAUCGGACGUCUGGAUCAUAAAUUCACCAGCUCAGCCCCUCCUCGCUCCGCUCUCCGUUUAUCAGACCACAAAUGAGACAAUAGCUCCUUUUACACUGCCAGAUUUUCCGCGAAUGUUGGGCCGUUUUGCCGGCAAGUUGCGAGCGUUUAGACACACAGAGCUGGAUUGGCGAGUUGAUCCGAGGUGCCCAAUUUUCCGCCUCGUAGGGUAGACAUAUUGGUGGAACCCUUUAGUUUAAACAGAACAAGGCGGCCUUCUGCAACGGGAGGAGCUGUUGAUGACUUGUGGGAGGAGCUGUUGAUGACGCCGCACGUGCGAGCCACUGGUAGUGGAUAAACAGGAAACAGCUGAUAGCAGGAAUUAGCGAGCAGCUAGUAGCAAGAGGGAAACACAAACCUGACAGACACUGUAAAGAUGAGCAACUGAGGAGACAAGGAAUUGCGCGCCCUCCUUGUCCUCGCAAACGAAGAGGCCAUUAACCGUCAGAUGACGGGGACGGUGAAGAACGACUUAUGAGAGAAUCACAGAAGGACUGACCAGCCGCGGCUUCCCUCCCACGUCACUGUUUACGUCACACGCUGAGCUACACGUUUUGUUACUUGCUCACGCCCCCCAUUGCCCCGAAAAAGGCACAUUCUGUAUAAACAAAAGUAGGUAGGCAGCAUUUUGCUGCACUCCCUGAUUUUGUUUUUAUACUGCCAAUGCUGAAAAAAGACUGAUUGGGCUUUCCUGCACAUUUGCACAACUCCUGUUUAAAAAGGGCUAAAAAGUAGCGAGCUAGCCACCCCACAGUCCCUCAGCCUCACUCUCCACCGCUGUGGGCUGCUUCCCCGGGACAUUCGGUCGGCAGCUUUAGUGGCUCAAAUUUGGCCAGCAUCAUGUCUAUUCUGUGUAACCGCAGCAACAGAAAGUUUUCUGAACCGGCGGGAGGUGGUCUGCAGUGGUGGGGAGUGAGGCGGAAAGCACACUGUGAUUCGAGGUUCUAGCUAACGUUAGCGACAUAAACAUAAACUUGUAGCUGCAGCUGUGAGCCUUUAGGAGGUGCAGGAGUCGAGUUUUGCCCAGUGACGCCAGAAUCAAACUGCCUACCCCAGCUUCAAUAACAGAUGUUAGCCUGUUAGCUUUUCAUUUAUGCUCAGGAAUCCAUACAAUUCUGUUGUUGUCCUUGUUUUUGAUUUGUAGUGACACAAUGAGGUGUUGAUUAGUUAACCCAACUCAAGUCCAAACGCCUCAGAGCAGCUGUUGACAUCAUCCUUUGUUGUGUUCACAUCAUUUGGGAAUGAUUGUCAUUCCUGUGUGAUCUGAAAACAGUUCUCCUGUUGGUCCGAUCCAACCAAUCCCUGUUUAGGUCUCAGUAGCUGCAGAUUGAUUGUAUCCAUUGAUCGGAAUAAUAAAACCAGGUUGUGUGCAUGCAUGCGUCCUCCCCUCCCCUCCUCCUCCUCUCUCUGACUCUCGCUCUACACUUCAGAUACACUCAUGUGCAAUGUACCUUUUCAAGGCUCGUUGUGUGGUUUUAUGUGUUGUUGCAUAUUUUACAGCAUUAGGAUCUUUGGGAAAUUAUGACCACAGCAACAGGUCAAUGACGUUGCAAGGGGCGAGCAACGCUGAGAAAUUUGACUAUGUCAUGAACUUCAUGAACAAACUGGCAGGAAACGAGUACGUGGGCUUCAGCAACGCCACUUUCCAGUCAGAGCGAGAGUCUGGAGACAGAAACUUUGCCAUCGGCUACUACCUGAAGGAGAAGAAGUGUUUUCCAGAGGGGACGGACAUGACCUCCAUCCUCGACUUCUACUUCCAGCUGUGCUCCAUCGAGGUCACCUGCGAGAGUGCCAGCGUCAUGGCGGCGACCCUGGCCAAUGGCGGCUUCUGUCCAAUCACAGGAGAGCGCGUGCUGAGCCCCGAGUCUGUGCGAAACACUCUGAGUCUGAUGCAUUCCUGCGGCAUGUAUGACUUCUCCGGACAGUUUGCUUUCCACGUCGGUCUGCCGGCUAAAUCCGGGGUCGCCGGGGGGAUUCUGCUGGUUGUUCCAAACGUGAUGGGCGUCAUGUGUUGGUCUCCUCCGCUCGACAAGCUGGGGAACAGCGUCAGAGGCAUCCAGUUCUGCACGGACCUGGUUUCUCUCUUUAACUUCCACAACUACGACAACCUGCGACACUUUGCUAAGAAGCUGGAUCCUCGCAGGGAGGGUGGAGACCAGAGGGUGAAGUCAGUGAUCAACCUGCUGUUUGCUGCGUACACCGGAGACGUCUCAGCCCUGAGGAGGUUUGCGUUGUCCUCCAUGGACAUGGAGCAGAGAGACUACGACUCCAGGACGGCCCUGCAUGUGGCGGCUGCUGAAGGGCACGCUGAGGUGGUCCGCUUCCUGCUGGAGGCCUGUAAAGUCAACCCAGUUCCCAGAGACAGGUGGGGGAACACACCGAUGGACGAAGCCGUCCACUUCGGCCACCACGACGUGGUGACCAUCCUCCGCGAUUACCACACCCAGUACAGCCCUCAGGAAAACGUGGACAACAAGCAGAACGCAGAGAAGAACCUGGACGGUCUGCUCUGAAGGAAACGAGCUGAAGAAAAGAGGCUGGACGGUCGUGAGAAAACGUCUUAAAUGUGGAUCAGGGAGGAAAACAGUUCAAACUGUACAGUGGAAACAAUCCCUUAACUUAAACCGUACACGCAGGCCAGCCGCCACCCCACCUCAUGCCAGUAGAUGUCGUUGGUUUUUUGUAUAUUAAUGUACUUUUUAUUUCAGUUCUCCUUCUGUAUCUCGUCAUCAGCUCUGUAGCUUUGUAGGAAGCAACCAGCCGCCACGUUGAAUGCUGGGUAAAUUCAGCUGCGGCUGGAGGGUCAACGGACUCCAUGACAACAGGAAGUAGCAGGCGUUUGGUACCCUGGGUUUGUCACUUCAUCAUCACAGCGUGGUGGAAUGUAUCUUCCCCCAAACACUUCAGUGUGUGUGUGUGAUAGUUAUUUAUCUAUUGAAGAUAAAGUGUACAGUCAUGUAGUGUGUGCGUGCGUGUGUGUGUGCGUGCGUGUGUGUGUGUGUGCGUGCGUGUGUGAGUCGAGGAUACAUUAGUGUAAAUAUAUACAGGUGUAUAGUUGUCUUUCUGUACUCGAUGAGGACGUAGAUUUCACUCUGGAAACUGUCAGUAUUUCAAUUUAAACACGAAAUUUAGAUGAAUUUAAAACAUUAAAUACGAGUUAAAGUUUUUUUGUUUUGCUUUUAAAUGACUGUUUUUGUUGUCACCUCCCCAAAAACUUUUUUGUUUUUGUUUUUUACAGUUUAACUGUAUUAUUUGACUUUAUUUUUUGUAACCUGAGGAAAUAAUGUCGAAGUUCGCCAAAGUUCAGGUUGUUUGUUGAAAGAGUUUCCAAAUACCAUAAAUGACACUGCCAGCGCUGACAGAAGCUUGAAUACUGUAAACGUCCAACAAUUGAAGUUUGUUUUGUGUGUUUGUGUUUGCACUCAACAACAGGAAAAUCCCCCCUCGGCCAUCAGCUGCUCAAAACCACAGAACUUUAUUACACUGAAGAUCACAACGUUCCCAAAAAGACCAAAUGUAUGAGAUUAAAUUUGUGAAAAAUUUGGAAUAUUUCAGUUUUCGUCUCAAAUCACAUACUUCUGUUAGUACACUUCAAAGUAGUACGCUAUACUUCUUGAGUGGUGUUGCCUCAGUUCGCACCAGCAAAGUUUUAACCGCCUCUUCUUCAUCUUCUUUUUGAAAUGGUGAAUUGCAAACAGACGCUGGAGCAUUAUCGCCAACAUUUGACCGCUAUCUUAGCCCACAUAUAAACGAAAUAACAUUUGACCGCUAUCUUAGCCCACAUAUAAAGCAAAUAUCGGAGCCAUCCACGGUGUAAAAUGUGUGUAGGAUGCUAAUUUAGCCUGUAGGAGGCACUGUGUUGUCAUGUCUGUCAGUAUAGGUAGGAACCAUUCAGUGAGGGACGCCAAAUCACCACACAACCAACAAACAUUCCUGACGGCUUCUAUUCGACAACAGUUUGGUACUUAGCGCAAAACACAUGUAUAGUUUUGUCUGUUUUUGGCCAUCCAGUAAUUUGGAAUAUGCGCAGGCACAUCGGAUAUCACCGAGAUUCCAGGAUAGGAAUGAACAGGCUUCUCGUUGACUUGUCUCUGAACACAUACGUAAGAAGAAAUGAGGUAUUAGUACAGAAGUAUGCGAUAUGAGACACACAGUUGGUGUGUAUCAGUGAAGAGCAUCUAUAAAGUCGACUGAAUUAAAACACUCAAUAAAGGUAGUUUAACCUUUAAUUUGGACGGUAAAGCUCUCUGAUUGGUUGUUUCUUAUAGCAUUGCUCUCUGGGACAAAGGGCCCGUCCCAAUACCCAUCGCAUAACGAGGGGUAGUGGGCAUGAAAAGGGAUUUCAGAUGCUGACUUGCCAGCGAGGGGUAGACGUUGCCAUGGCUACCACCGAGCAAGAGACAAGGAAAAAAGUUCACACAUAGCUAAUGUCACUGUCGUCAGGUUGCUUGUUAGCUAGCUAGCUAGCUCGCACUAUCUGGCGUCUGUCAUCUGUCCUGUUCUGCAAAACUGUCGGAUUUUUCACAUUAUGAUAACACACCAGCUAGUUUAAUUAUGCUGCCUCGUAAUGUUAGCUGGUUAGCUAGCUAGCUAGGUAGCAGAAGCAAGAUGAAUGCGGCAAACAUGAUCGGUAGGAUGAACUCAACUGGAGACGGUUGGAAAUGUGGAUGGCUCGCAGCUUCCUGUUUAAAAUAGUUACGUAUGCGUGAACGUAACCGACGCGGCGACGUAGUGAGUGGUGUCCCAAUUCCUAGGGAAAGAUUUCUACCCCUACCCCUCGUUGCUUCAUUUCGAGGGCCAAGGGGGAGUGGGCAAGGGGGGGUAUUGGGAUUGGGCCUUAAAGUUGACUCCUACUGUUUAUUUUAGCGAAACAAAACGGAGAUGUUUUGUAAUGAGGAUUUAUCUAUGUGUAUUUUAACAAAUUUUCCUUGUUGAGUGCACCUCUUCCUUUGAUUUCAUGUUGUAACACUCCCAUUGUGAUCCACUGACGUUCAUUUUUAUCGCUGUCAAACCAUGUUUUUCCAAACCAAGGCUUUUAGUGCAGAAAGUGUGUUGACUUGUAAUGUAUCACAUGAAUUAUGAUAUGUAAACGUUUGUCCCUGCGGAGGACUCAGGACGGUCCGAUCUGUUUCCACGACAGAUUUGAAACACUAAACACAAAAACUGAAGAAGCUUUAUACUGCGGAUGGAUUGUUUCAUUUUAUAUCUGUAAUGUGCUGAAGAUUCUGUCAUACUUGAAAAGUUGUGCAGAUGUUUAGUUUUCCAGAGGUUUUGUGCGUUUGUAGCGUGUUGGAAGUUUGGAUGUUGUUUCUGUACGGACAAACUGAACCAGGCAUCUGCGACGCUCACAAUCCACCGUCCAGAUUCUGUUCAGGUUUACUGCAUUUCUGUUCCUCAGGUCGGGAUCGGUCCGUUCAGUUUGAUUAAAAUUUUUAUUUGACGUUAAAUUGGAUUUUAAAAAAAAAAGCACAAAACUUCUUCUAAAAAUUGCAAUAUUUUAAGGAACAAUCAGCAAUACAAACGUAACGACUGUACCAUGGAAUUAGCAAUAUGGAUUUGACCUGAUCCCGACCUGUCGCUGAUAUGAAGCGAUCUCUGUGUGCAGCGACUGAAGUAUUUUGAAUGUAACGUGUUUGGUGUCGUUCUGUUUCUUCUUCAUGUAUAUUUAUGCUGCUGAGUGUUGCGGGCAGUUCAGAUAUUUAUUCACAGAUCAAACAUUUAAUAAAAGUCAUAAAAAUCAAGUUCUGUGUUUUGACUGGUUGUUGAGUGUCAUCUUCUGCCAAAAUGUAGCUUGAGAAUUGAAUCUAUGACAUGAAAACAGCUCAGGUCGUAUAGCUCAGGAUGUUAGAAGCCUUAGCUAAAGUUUUGGGGCUGCAGGUUCGAUGCCCAGCCAUGGUUUUUCAAUUGAAAGCCAGUGUCCAAAUAGAAGCAAUAAAUGCUCCGAGAAGUUGAGCCUAAGUGUUCUGAACAAGUGGCUCCUGUUGAUAGUCAACUAUUCAGAUGUUCAAGAAGUUGUGGGUUUGAUUCUUGGCUGACACUGAAUUUUCAAGUCCAAUCCCCCAAAUCAAGUAGUCAAAUUUGCAAAUAAAAACCAACAAGGCGUGAAAGAUCAGAUAGCUACGGGCGAUAGUGGACUGGCCUGAAGACCACAGGUUGGAGGUUCGAACCUCACGAGGUGUAGACUUUAACGUCAUGAGGUCAGACUUUAAGUAUGCAAAUAUAAAGCAUGUAACUAUAAAUUAAGUAGAUGUAAAGGAUGUAACAAUAAACUAAUGCCAUAAUAUAAACCAAGUAACUAAAGAUAAGUAGCUAGCAUGUAACUAUAAAGUAGCUAUACAGUAUGUCGAUAUGAAGCAUGUCACUAAAACCAAGUA